AUGUCUGAUUUUCAGCUUGAAAUAUUGGUGAAAUUGAAUGAUUUGGGCACCAUUGAAUCAACGCUCAAAGUGUUCCCACAAGUCGAUCCACAGACUGUUCUUUCUGCCCUGAACUCUCUUAAAGCGCAUGCAAAACUGGACUACUCGAAACAGGAUAGAACUUACUACACUUUGACGAAAGAAGGUGAUGAAAUCGUGUCCAAAGGGUCUCACGAGAUGAGACUCCUGCAAUUGGUGAACAAGUUCAGCAAGCUGCAAAUCAAAGAUGUGGCCACUCACAUGGGUGCUGACGGUAAGAUUGGACAGGCCAAAGCUUUCAAAAACGGGUGGAUAUCCAAAAACAAGGACAACGAAUUGACCGUGAGUGACAAGGUCUCUUCAAUCGAUGACGUUGUAGAUGAAACCAAAAAUGUGCUCUUGCAGAUACAGCAGGGUCAAUUUGACUCUGUGGACGACAAGACGCUCAACGAUUUGAAAAAACGUAAACUCAUCGCUGUGAAAAAGGAAACGUCUUUCAAAGUGACCAAGGGCCCCGAUUUCUCCACUGAGCUCACCAAGCUCGAAACGGACUUGACUGCCGACAUGGUAGCCUCCAGCACUUACAAGGAUCUCAAGUUCAAGCCUUACAAUUUCAAUUCUGAGGGUAUUUUGCCAGAGUCCGGUGCGCUGCAUCCUCUGUCCAAAGUACGGGAAGAAUUCAGACAGAUUUUUUUUUCCAUGGGAUUCAAGGAAAUGCCUUCUAAUCAGUAUGUCGACACUGGGUUUUGGAAUUUCGAUGCCCUGUAUGUUCCACAGCAACACCCUGCCCGUGACCUACAAGAUACUUUCUAUUUGAAAGAUCCCCUCCAAAGUGAUUUGCCAGACGACAAGGAAUAUUUGGAGAACAUCAAGGCCGUCCACGAACAGGGCAAAUAUGACUCCAUCGGGUACCGUUACAAUUGGAAACCUGAGGAGUCCCAAAAACUAGUUUUGAGAACUCACACGACUGCUAUUUCCGCACAUAUGUUGAAGAAGCUAGCCGAGGACCCCAAGCCUACCAGAUUAUUUUCCAUCGACCGUGUGUUCCGUAAUGAGGCCGUGGACGCUACACAUUUGGCCGAGUUUCACCAGGUGGAAGGUGUUCUUGCGGACUACAACAUCACGCUAGGGGAUCUAAUCCAGUUCAUGGAAGGAUUUUUCGAGAAGAUGGGUGUUACGGGUCUGCGUUUCAAGCCUACAUACAAUCCAUACACCGAACCAUCCAUGGAGAUCUUUUCGUGGCACGAGGGUCUAGGAAAAUGGGUAGAGAUUGGUAACUCGGGUAUGUUCAGACCUGAGAUGCUGGAACCUAUGGGACUGCCACCCAACAUGCGGGUUCUAGGAUGGGGGCUGUCAUUGGAGAGACCAACUAUGAUCAAAUAUGGAGUUCAAAACAUCAGAGAGCUAUUAGGCCACAAAGUUUCUCUGGACUUCAUUGAGACCAAUCCCGCCGCCAGACUUGACGAGGAUCUAUACGAAUAA